GCUAUCUUUGCCAGGAAAACAAAUCAGGUACUUCAUGCCAAGGCUUCCCUUCGCCCCAGCUUUGCUGCAACCUCCUCUUUGACUUUAGCAAGUUCAUACCACACAAUAAGUUUGUUGGCUUCGAAUUCUAUAUAUUAUAGAGCCAACAUCAUGGAAGUUUUAGUGCUGGGAGCUGGCUAUGGGACUCGUCUGCAAAGGGACAUCGAGCAAGAUGAAAGUGGCAAAUAUUCUGGUCUAAUUGGAUGCCCCAAACCGCUGCUCCCCAUAGGUGGACGUCCGCUGGUAUCAUACUGGCUGGAUCAGUUGAAGGAGUGCCAGCAUCAAGUGACGGGAACGUCAAUCGUGACAAACAGUGCUCAUGCUGACAGAUAUCGUGCGUGGGCGGCCUCGACUGCUGAUGCCAGCACUGUUGACAUUAUUGAUGAUGGUACGACGACCAAUGAGGGUCGUCUCGGUGCUAUCGCUGACAUAGAACUAGUUAUUCAGAAGCGCGGUCUCACUGGCGACCUGCUCGUUAUCGGCGGUGACACUCUCUUUCACGAUGACUUUCGGCUAUCGCGUUUUUUGGACGAGUACCUUGAUCUGCAGACGCGGUGGGGUGACGAGCUGGGUGCCUUUGCAGAGGUGUACACGUGUCCUGAAGAAGAUGUGUCUCGCCGGGGCAUCGUCGAAGUCGACGCGGACAACGUGGUCACGUCGUUUCUGGAGAAGCCGCGGCCGACCGAGACCCAAUCGCGCUUGGCUUGCCCCUGUUUCUACAUCUUUUCGUCCAAGGCUCUUCCCUUGAUCUCGGCAUUUCUCCUGGAGUUGAAGGAUCGUCCGCUGGCUGAAAGAGAUGCACCUGGUAAUUUCUUACCUUACCUCAGUGCAAGACUGAAGGUGAUCGUGUCGCGUGUGUCGGGACGCUUCGACGUUGGCAACCUGCCUACGUACCGUGCCUGUGAUGACUACUUCACGUCUCGCAACUCAACAACGUGAUACGGAUGGGAGAAGCAGUUGUGCGCUUGCACACUGUGAGCCGUCACAGAUUUAGGCUACGCACGGACAGUUCGCAUGCGAGGUCUACUCUUUCGUGCCUGGCCCUGCUCAAACCAUGCAUUUAUACAUGCCUUGAUCUGCUCAACCCGUGCAUUUAUAGACGCCUGGAUCUGCUCAAACCAUGCAUUUAAAGAUGCCUGGAUCUGCUCAAACCAUGCAUACAGUAAAAUCUGUCAAGGCGACCACUCGGAUACGGCGACCACCUGUUCCUGAAGACCACUGAAACUAGCCCCAAGGAAAGCUAUUUCCAGUCAAAUGACCUUGGAUAAGGAGACCACCUGGUAACAGAGACCAGGCUUUGAAGGUCCCUUGAGCGGUCGUCUUGGACAGGUUUCACUGUAGUAUAGAGAAACCUGGAUCUGCUCAAACCAUACAUCUAUACAUGCCUGGAACUGCUCGAACCAUGCAUCUAUACAUGCCUUGAUCUGCUCAAAUCAUGCCUCUAUGCGUGAUUGGAUCUGCUCAAACCAUGCACACUGGCUACAUAACGAGUGUGAGGCUGUCCGGUACCUACACAAUGCUAUUGCUGUGACCCUAUCUGCGGAUCUUCAUCUUUUUUGGACUCAUCUGCACGCAUGUACGCAGAGCAGAGGAAAUGAGGCCUAACCUGAUAGUAAUAAACUACUGUACUUUCCAGUUCUAUUUUCUAUAAUAUGCUGGUACAUGUACCGAAUUUUGAAACAUGACGCCACUCCA